UGUGGUGUUUGUCAUGGUGACUCUUCUACAUGUCAUACUGUGCACAAGACGUUUGACGACAGCGAAGGACUUGGCUAUGUGGACAUCGGCCUCAUUCCGCCCGGCGCUCACGAGAUUCGGAUUGAAGAAGUGGCGGAGGCCGGAAACUUUUUAGCUCUCCGCAGCGAAGACCCAGAGAAGUAUUUCUUGAAUGGCAAAUGGACUAUUCAGUGGAAUGGGGAUUACCAAGCAGCGGGCACAACAUUCACCUACACCCGCACGGGGAAUCUGGAGAACCUGACCGCGCCCGGACCAACCUACGAGCCGGUGUGGAUACAGCUUCUGUUCCAGGAGAAGAAUCCCGGAGUGCGAUACCAGUAUACGGUGAGAAGAGACCUAGACAACGGCAAUGAGGUCCAGCCGCCGGAGUUCUCCUGGAGAUACGGAGCGUGGUCGGAGUGCUCGGCCACGUGUGGCACUGGGGUGCAGAGGCAGCUGGUGCAUUGUGUGGAAAAAGUGGCUGGUCUUGUGGAAGAAAGAUAUUGCGAUUCACUGGUACGGCCUGAUGACAGACAACGGAGCUGCAACGAGGAG